AUGCCACAGAAAUUAAAUGUUGACUCUAAUCGUGCACUUAAUUUAACAAUUUUAUCAAAUAAUAAUUGUGACCGUUAUUGUGAUAACAUAUUGGGUCAUUCAAAAGUUGAACAUAAAUUUAAAUGUGGUUCAUCAUCAGAUCGGCGUGUAUGGGCUAUAUAUGAUUUAAAUGAAGCAUGCCCGAUAAGUUCUGUUUAUAUAAAAGAAUUAAAAAAAUGCAUAUCUUCAGAGAUAACAAUAGUGGAUUUUUGUGAACCACCAUCAGUUAAAUAUGUUUACGAUGGAAAUGUAACAUGGAAUGUCUUUCUAAAAAUAAUUGAAAAGUUAAACUUAACUAAAUCCAUGGUUUCAAUUGAUUUUAAUAAUGAUGUUACUAUUGAUCCUUCAUGGAAAUGCUCAACAACAACAACAAGCAUUAAUUCAAUAAAUUUAUAUCUUCCUGGGGCAGAUUAUUCUAACAUGAAUUUUAGCACAAAUUAUGCAUUAGAUAACGGUUGUUUACGUGUUGUUUCAUAUUUUUCUUAUUUAGAUAGAUUGUCAUAUAGGUUAUGCGUAGAAAAUCCAACAAAUAAGAAUUCAUUAUCAUAUGAUGCUAGAUUUUAUCCAACUUAUAUAUAUAAUAUAGAUCCAAUGUUAACUACUUGUCCACAUAAUUGGCUUGAUUUAAACAAACAUUGUUACCAGAUAUCGAGUGAACCUAAAACAAUUCAAGAAGCAAGAAAUAGUUGUAUUACUAUAUCAAAGACUGAGGAAACGAUAAAGGAUGUAGAGAUUAUAUACAGCGACAGUGAUGAUAAUGAUAAGAAUGAAAUGCAUAACAACAUCAAGGAUUAUUUCUAUGAUUUGCAUAAAGGUGAAAUCAUUCAAUAUACGUCACCAUGGCAAAUGCGCCUUGGCUUUUAUCUUCUUGAUACAAAUCUAUCAAAAACUGAAUCAACAUUUCACCAACUUAGUUCAUUUAGUACAGAUGAACCAUCCCUAGUAUCCAAUGUUAAUUUCAAUCAUUCGUCUAUACAUGAAUUUCAAAUGAUUAAUCCAACACAAGCUAAUAAAUCAACUAUAAUAGAUGAUUCAUGUAUAGUUGUCACACGUUUCCUAGUCAACAGAAAUGAAAUUUCUAUUUUAAAAAAGAUUCAAGUCACUAAUUGUUCGAAACCAAGACAUUUUUUAUGUAAAACAAAAUCUAUUUUUCUCUACUCUCAGCAACGUUGUUUAUCCAAACCAUUAAUACUUGGUUUACCCACAAUAAUAUCAAAUCAUUUAACACAUGAAUUAUGUUUAUCUGUUUGUAAAAAAUUACACACAGCAUUAACUGUUAUUUAUAUCAAUAAAUGUUAUUGCCUCAAUAGUGUCGUUUCACGGGCGUUUGUUAUUGAACCACAUUAUGAAAAAUAUGAAAAAAAAGAUUGUGGAAAUCCUUGUCCAGGUAGUCAACAUGAACUUUGUGGUAAUGAAGAUACAAUCGUUGUCUUUGAAGAUCCUAAUAGCAUAUUCCAGUUCAACGAUGACGAUAUUGAUAGUCUGACUACACCCAGUUUUUAUUUCGUUUAUGAUAGUUGUAUAUAUUUGCAUUCUGUGAAUCAAUCAACGAUGUAUGAAUUCGAGUUAACUCGUAUAAAUGAUAUUCAUCCUCGUUAUUGUUUAGAAUUAUGUACAAAUUAUCGACAAAAAUAUGCUCUUCUUAAUUCAAACAAAUGCUUAUGUACAAAUAUUCCAUUGAAAAAGAAACAAAAUAAUGCAUUUGAAUCUUCAGAUUUAAAUUGUACUCAAGAAUGUUCAGGUAAUUAUUUAUAUACAUGUGGAAAUUCAGAAAAUUCAUCGAUAUAUUCGAUGUACGUCAUGAAAACAAACUGUCCUGUUGAUAAACAAAGAUGUGCACAUACUAAUGUUUCAAUAAAGAAAAAUUCUUUUUCAAGUGCACAAUCUUAUUGUAAAUCGAUUGGUGGUAUGGUUGCAAAAAUAAAUGAUAUUUUGGAAAUUCAAGAUAUAUUACCCAAAUCAAUGUUCACUAGCGAUGUCUUCGACACAUUUUCCUUUGGUUUUCGUUCACGUAUGUUUAAUGAUACAAAAUUUUUUUGGAUUGAUCGUACAUCUGAUAUUACAAAUGACAAUAAAACAUCAGAUCGUUCUAUUGGAAGAUGUUCAAAAACAUCACAAGUAAUUGAUCCACAUUGUAUUCUUCUUCGUUACGAAAAAAUUAUAAUUCAUGAUACAAUGACUUACGAAUGGUGUUUUACUGAAUCAAAUGAAUGCUCAUCAAUAUCUGCUAUACCAGUUUGUGUAGAUCAAGAUCUAGAUUUUAAUUCGAUAGUUAUUCCUCGAACUACAGGUGACGAUUCGUCGAUUGUAUCCAUUAAUAUAUCAUCAGAUUAUUCAUGUGGUGAUGAUGAAGAGUAUCAUUUGAUGGAUGACUAUUGCUAUAAAGUAGAUCUUCACGAAACGACAUGGCAGGAUGCAAAAGCAAAAUGUGAACGUGAUAAUGCUACUUUAUUUAUACCUGAAAGAAUGACGACAUUGACUUUAAUAAAAUCGUUAUUUUUACGUCAAUAUAGUUACACAUCAUCUGGUGUUGCACAUGUUGGUGCUUUUUAUGAUAAUCGAAAUCUUACUAUAAUACAAUAUAAUACAACUGAUAGAAGUACUUUACCAAGUGUAUCGGAUUUCAAUUCUCUUUAUACUUUAUGUGAAUUAACAUUUCGGCAACGUUAUGAAAGAUUAAUGUCAUCGCCAACUAUAUCAGAAAUGGAAAAAAAACAAUUAAUAACUCAACAGACUGGUUGUGCAUAUGUUGAUUUUCGAUCUGACUACACAUUAUCGAUUUUAUGCGAUGAAAUACCUUGUAAUCGGCUAGCAUCUAUGAUAUGUCAAAAAUUACCGAUUCGAAAAAUGCGUGCGAUUAUAGCCAAACGGUUAGUUGUUCAUAGGAUAUAGACAAAGUAUAAUUAGAUUUCUCUUUGGAAACUAUAAAAUUUAUUUUGAUAGGUCUUAAAUCCUCAAAAAAAAGGAAUCGUUCUUGAUUGAUGUGUGCACUUAUUUGAAGUAUAUAUAUUGUGUGAUGUUGGAGUCAGUUGGUAGGUCGGCAAAUAUUUAUUAAUACAAUCAAUACGUCUUUUGUAAAGGAGAGACGGAUGGGUUAAGCCUUUUCCGCAAGUCGUACGGUAAUUGAGAGAAUUUGUUGAUGCAAUCUCGGAUAGUGGUCUCAAAGAUACCUAAUACUUCUUUCCGUUUUUCCAUUAUUCGAUUUGACAGGCUGUGUACUCUACCACGCGAACUCUUCAUGCCGUUGCGCCUUAAUCCUACUCUAGUUAAAUAACUAUAAAAGUGAUGAAUGCUAAAGUUAUUCCAUCAGUUAUUGGACUUGUUUGGACAUAUCGAAUUACUUUUUCGAUCUUGAUAACAUGUUUUCUAUUUAUUUAUAGUGAUUAUACUAACUUCCCAAUGAAUGAUAAAUCAAGUUUUCAAAAAUCUACAAAAUCUGUGAGAAGACAUUUUACAGCAAUUUUCUUCAUUUGCACAAUCAUAGUUGUUCUCUUAUUUCUUGGAUUUACAUAUAUAUUAUACAAUCGUUAUGCAAUGCGAAGGAAUAAUAAUAGACUUCACACAGGAAGACGAAAUAAUGAUCGCGUUUAUUCUCAAUUAUCAACCGGAAAUGAAUUUGAUUUAAAUUAGAACUAUUAAUUUGAUUAUUUUUUUCAUUUAAAAUGAAGACUUUUCGAUUGAUUUUUUUUCCUUUGAACUUGUGAACACUUCAAAUAUCUUAUUUGAUCUACUGUUGCAUGUGUCAUGUUAUUCUGCUUAAUAUUAAUAAUAAAAAAAAGAAUGACAGACAAAUUACGAAAGAAAAACCAAUGAUUAUAAGAAGAAAAACAAAGGAUAAUGACUUUCUUGUAAAAACAACUUUUCUUUCGCUGGCGAUAAUUCAUAGUAAUUACAAAACAUUUGGAUACUCUUCCUGAAAACGUACGUUUUUAUGUUAUCAGUUACCAUGCAUGAACUACGAUAUUCGAAUUUGAAGGGUAUGUGUAAUGCAUGUCAGAUGCCCAAUAUUAAUAGUUCUCUCAUUAGAAUUUAUUUGUGUCUUGCGAUGAUGGGGUAAACUCGUUGAGUUGUAUAAGAAACUAUGCUUUUCCACAUUAAAAACGAAAAUAUUAAACAAGAAUUCUUGAAACUAUAACUGUCAAAGAUAGACAAAAAAGGGUGAGCAUGAGUUGAUUUGAGCGUGAGUGGAUGUAGGUGUCAUUGAAGGAUGGAUCGUAACCCGCAUUCAUCCUCACCAAUCUCACACUCACGCUCCGGCUCAACCCAUCCAUACCCCACAUCCUCUUACUGAUAUAAAAAGAUGAAGAGAACAACGUGUGGCUACGAACACAAAAAUGGAUGUUUAACGAAAACAGGUAUGACUUCAAGGAAUUUUUCUUUCUGUAUCAAAGUCGGAAACAUGUACUUAGAAAUAUGUAAAAGCAUGUAAGCUUUUCUCUAAUAUACAUUCGAGUCGAGUCAGAGAACAUCGGAUGUGGGCACUUAUUUGGCAGGGUCUUUUAUUUGAAUAAAAUUAUUAUUGAAAUAAUGACAUACACUAUUGGAAAGGGACAAAUCAUAGCCGAAGGAAAGAAUUCCGUUUCCGAAGACGCACACUGUUGCUCGCAUAUUUGAGUGGAAAACAGACAGACUUAUUGCAACAGCUGUCCAGUAUGCAUAUCGCUUCUGGAUCAUCACAUGUUCGAUUAAGAUUGCAAUCGCUAAGUGUGUUGCAAGGCGCAUUUGUACCAAAAACGCAUCCUUUGUCGUUCUCUAGUGAAUAGCACACACAACCCUCUCUACUUAAGCAUGGAGUGAAAGUUGAACAUAUUAUCACUGAACAAUCUUCAACCAAUUCAAUCGUUGGUGCGGAUGUCAUUACCCCUGGAUCUAGAACAAGUGAAAUCAAUUAUCGUAGAAUAGUAGACAGUGAUUGUAAAAUUCUGCAAGAAGCUCUAAUCAAAGUUAUAUUAUUCCAAUGAAAGCUCCCUAAAAGAAGAAUUUGAGGAGAACCUCUUAAAAAUGAGCUGAUAAAUGUGUUCUGAGCCCAAAACAACUUUUAGCUAAUUCGGCUCACUGAUUGUUUGAUUUCAAAUUGAGUUCUUUCAUUAAUUUUAACGAUUUGACUAUUUUUUAUUGUCAAAAACAAAAAUGAUGCUCUAUUUUAGUCAUUGCUUUUUGGAUGUGUUUUGACGUCAGCUUUUACAUGCAGAAUAUGAAGAUAAAGAUAUUUUCAGCAAUGUUCGACAUCAGUCAAAAUUUUGUGAUGCGAUUCGAUUCGAGUCACACUCCGGUGUCGACUUUUUUCUUUUUCUUUUGAAAAAAUAAAUUUCUUAAUUCUUUUUUCGGCCUUUGAUUUCAUAAUUGGAAACAAUGGAUAUACAUAUUUGACCUCUUUUCGUCCUUGAUAGUUCGUCGAUAUUCCGCAUUUGAAAUGACAUGAUUAUGUGAUAGAAUUUUUUUGUUUGUCUUUUGUUUUUUAUGUAUAUAAACUGCCACCCCUAAAUCACUAUUUAACAGACACUGCACUCACUAUGCAUCGCUGUUCGAUGUCAAUAAGGAGAACUCAGUGGAAUAAAAGAAAAGAGUGUGCGACACAUCAUUUCUAGCCAUACUAAGCUUUUCCACGCUCUCUGAUACAACUUUUUAAUCAUAGAGAACCAUUUACUGUUGUUACAACUAGUCAAGCAAUCGUCGGAAACUUAGGUACUCUACUCUCGAAAAAACCUAGACUCAUUUCUUGAUGAGCUCAAGAAUGAAUCAAAUAAAACAUGUAAAACUUUAGGCGAUCUAUGCGAUGAAAUGCACGAACGUCAUGACGAGUCUUGAAAGAAAAUUGAAGAUAUUUAGAAGAAAGUUCAAGGACUAGAAAAUAAAUUAGAAGGUCAUAUGUCCAGCGUUAAUCAUGUUAUAACUAAUAUUUGCUUUAUCGUAGCCAGUAAUGUUAAUUUAGUUCCUUGAAACAAGAACUGCGUUGCGUCUAAAGUUCAAAAAUUCAAGACAUGCCUGGUCUUAUCUAAAAGAGUGUAGCUACUCGUUAUCUUGUUUAUACACCUGCUCGAAAAAUGAUAGAUUAUAAUUUUCUUGUUUUUACAAAAACUAUUCUCUCCUACUUUCAAAUAAAUAUCAGUUCGACAUUCUAGUCUUCAGUGAAGUAGAUUAAGCUGAUUUCUCACUACUCGAAGCAACGUAUCCUGACUACUGGUGUUUCUACCAAGCGGAAGAAUAUACUCACGACGGAGUUAUUUUUUACUGCUGGGACCGAAAACUCGGUUCAAACGUGCAGAGACCUCACAAAAAAGUGAUUAUAAGCCUCUCAUCUACAUUUUAACCUAAGAAAAUCGUGAAACAUGCAUGGCCUCUAGAACAAUAUGGACAGUAUUAUCGGUUUUAUUUUCGUAUACUUUCGAGUUUUGGGAAUAUCAGUGGAAUGAAAACUGUUAAGAUCUAACAUACAAUUUACUCGUUGAACUUCUAGUCGCAUUGGCAAUUCGUUGUACUAUCUCUACAAGUGCUCAAAUAUCGAGAAAUCUUACCUAAUAACCGAUGUAGAUUUUGUGCGCGACAUCACCUACAAACAUGUGUUUUACUCUUAAUCAAACACAUAAUCUCUAAUAUGUCAAAUAGCACUCUCAUUGCUAUCGUUUUUGUUGAUUUUAAGAAUACAUUUGAUCAAUUAUGGUUUAGAGGAUGUUUAGGAAAAUUAACUCGUAUGGGCAUUCCAAAUGACUUUUGUUAAACGGAUUCGUGAGUGCCUAGAAAGUAAAAUAGGUACCAUAGAGAUUCAGAGCAAAAGAUUUCAUUUGUUUUCAAUUUGUCUGUGUGAAUCGCAAGGAUCCAGUUUUUAUUUCAACCCUUUUCAUCGAGUAGCAUGCUGAUAUGUGGGAUCUUCUCCCGAUGACUAUGUCGUAUUUCUUUACCGUUGCUCUAGCAGCUGUUACUGCUGGUCUCGUCGGAAUCAAAUAUACUUAGCAAUGUCUCGAUCUAGAACGACGAUUGCAUUCGUUCUCUGACCACUUGAAACAUUACUUGAUUCUAACUGUUCAGCCUAUUAACUAUAAGUAUUUAGACUACUGGAUGACAACAAAAUUUAUUUGAGGACAGGUCAUUCGUCAUGUCUAAAUUAAAAUUCGUCAACAAAUUGCUAUGGUGUAUGUGGCUUCAUGUGCUCUUCUUAUUAUUUACGGAUUUGCAAUGAACAAAUCUUAGUCAUUUUUAUUAUGUGUUACUUAAACGAGUUUACAACUGUCUUUACUGAAAUGAUGGAUUUUUCGCAUUCACUUACGACGAGCGCCCAUUUGGUGAGCUACCGUAUGUUAAAUUGGUUAUCAAAUCACGAUUUAUCUGACUCAGUAAUCAAUAUCAAUGUGGAAGAUAUCAGAUGCUAUGCAGAAUUUCUGGAGAUAUUCUAGUACAAUUAGUUGUUUCUCGUUUUUCUCUUGAAACCGUCUCUUUAUCAAUUAUAUUUUUUCCAUAAUAAGUCAUCCUUUGCGUUGUGUUUACUUGUUUGUCUUUUUUUUUUCAAAAUGCUGAUUCGUUUUUUCUUGGGGGGGGGGGGGGGGGGGCGUUGUACUUCUCUUUUUUUUCUGUCGUUGUUUUUUUGUUUGUCC